UGAUCUGACCGGGGUAGAGAGUGGAAGAUGGCGGCGAAUUGUUCCUCUCGGUCAGAAGCUGCACGGCAACGAAGACAGGAUCAGCUCCAGCGCUGGCUGGGUUCAGAAACUGACCGAACGGUCCCCGAGAUGCGUGAGCGGCUUGUGGGGACUGGAGGGCGUCGGGCAAAGGUUCGUUUCACCCAGGGUGCUGUGUUCAUGGCUGCGUGUUCAGCCGGGGACCGGGAGGAGGUGGCGGCGCUGCUACUCCAAGGAGCCGACAUCAACCAUGCCAACAUUGACGGAAUGACAGCGUUGCAUCAGGCCUGCAUUGAUGAGAAUGUGGAGGUGGUGCAGUUCCUGGUGGAGAGUGGGAGUGACAUCAACCGCGGAGACAAUGAGGGCUGGACCCCGCUGCAUGCUGCGGCCUCCUGUGGAUUCUUACAGAUCGCCAAGUAUCUGAUUGAGCAUGGUGCACAAGUUGGGGCGGUGAACAGUGAGGGGGAGCUGCCACUGGAUGUGGCUACAGAGGAGGCCAUGGAGAGAUUGCUGAAAGAUGAGCUGAAGAAGCAGGGAGUGGAUGUGGAGAGUGCUAGGCAGGAAGAGGAGAGGGUGAUGUUGCAGGAUGCCAUGGUGAUGCUAGCAGGGCAUGGCACUCUCACACCACACCCCAACACGGGUGCCACUGCCUUGCACGUGGCUGCAGCUAAGGGCUACACCCAGGUCAUGAACGUGUUGCUGCAGUGUGGGCUGGAUGUGGACAGCAGGGACAUUGAUGGCUGGACUCCACUUCAUGCUGCGGCGCACUGGGGUCAGGAAGAGGCCUGCAGUCUGCUGGUGGACAGCAUGAGUGAUAUGGGGGCUGUCAACAAAGUGGGUCAGACUCCCAUAGAUGUAGCUGAUGAGCGUCUGCUUCACGUCCUUGAGGAUCUUCAAAAGAAACAGAACAAUCUCCGCUCAAAGAGGCAUAAGAUGUCACAGAUACCUGUCAUACAGAACACAUGUCCCGUCGCCACGGUCCCUGUGCGCUCCCGCAGGACUUCAAUCUGUCGUAUGAGCAGCAAAGAAAAGAACAGCCUGCAUGAGCGUGAGAGGCACACGCCCCCUGCCCUGCAGAGCACCCCUGCGGAGGAGGAGGAAGAAGGCCAGAGCACUCUCCAGGGACCAGCAGGGGGCUUCAACAGCUCCAGCUCAGAGGAGCGGAGUGAAUCGGAGAGUGACACUGAGUCAGAGAGAAUGAAAAAUCGGGAAAUGAACAACAACAUCAGCAACAGCUCCACCCUCCCCACUGUCACAGCAACCAGCGCAGGCACAAGCCACUUUAGAAAGGUGGAAGUGGGGAAGGCCCCAGGCCCAGAGGUCCCGGGUUCCUGGAGGACCACACUGCGUAAGGCUGGCAGUUAUGUGGCCCUCAGUGGCACAGGGGCCUUGGAGAGCCCUAAAGAAUCUGCAAAGGGGCCUGACUCACAAGGCAUGAUACGUUCUGCCUCCAGUCCCAGGCUCAGCCUGGAGUCUGACAGUAAGGAGCCACGACUGGCCAGAGUUCCUCCUACUCCUACUCGGAGACUGUUCAGUAUCGCAGACAGCAAUCCAGACAACUCCAACAGUGGGCUAACCCGUAGCUCCUCCUACACGCGCCGACUCACCAGCCAAGCAGAGAGUGAUCUGACAAGCCCAGCCUACAGCAUGAUCUGCAGCUCCUCUUUUGGACGAAAACUAAAUGAUCCUUCGGUGACCUCUGUAACCAAAGGAACCUCCUCUGGUGUCUGUCGCCUCAACAGCCUCACAGCCCAGAGACCUUUUCAGGAACAAAAGGAGAAGAAGGACCUGAAAUCCACAGCCACCUCAAAUUCACUUACCAUGACAACUUGCACGUUGGAGACAAAGAAUCGGCGCAAGUCUUACUUAACCCCAGUACGGGACGAGGAAGCUGAAGCACAGAGGAAAGCACGAUCCCGUCAUGCCCGGCAAUCGCGCAGGUCUACCCAGGGUGUGACACUGACGGACUUGCAGGAGGCAGAGAAGUCGAUGAAGACAGAGCAGAAGGAGAGAGAGAAGAAAAAGGAGGAAGAGGAAAGGGAUGGGAAGUUGAAGAAGGGAGAAGAAGGGGAGGUGACGUGGAGAUUCCGGAUUGCCAACCUGCAGAAAUCAGACCUGCUGGGCCUAACCAGUCCCCCAGGGGGCCCACGCCAUCCCACUGCAGAGGGGAGAGAUGGCCACGACAGUGGCACUGGAGACAGCGAGGACAGGGCAAGCAGGGAGAGGCGAAGGGUCCAGGCUAGAAGGGGAGGGGCACCCGGGGCUGGGGAGAGUGAUGAUAACGAGCCCAGCAGGGAAGAGGAGGGGGCAGGCAGUGGAGGGGACCCCCGAAUGCAGUCUACUGUCAGGAACACCAGCAGGUGUGAUGUGUCUUGUAACGAUCGCAUCUUCAGUCGCAGCUCUGAAACAAAUGACUACAAGAAGCUAUUUGAGGAGGUGUCCCAGGAAAAUGGGAAGCUACAAUCUCAGCUGCAGGAUACCCAGCGAACUGUCUCGCAAACCCGUGUGGACCUGGAUAAAGCCACACAGAGACAGGAGCGCUUCAGUGACUGCUCUGCCCUCCUGGACCUAGAGAGGAAGGAGCGCCGAAUCCUAGAACGGCGUGUGGCAGAGCUAGAAGAAGAGCUGAAGGUGCUCGGGGAUCUGAGGGCAGAUAACCAGCGCCUGAAAGAUGAAAAUGGAGCCUUGAUCCGCGUCAUCAGCAAGCUCUCUAAAUAAUCUGUGAAAGACAAAGAGGGAGGCCUUGCUCCUAUCCCCACCUCUCUCACCCUGCUCUCCCUCUUCCUGCCCCCUCUCAGUGCCAAAGAGAAUGAAAGGAAAGAAUUGAAGAAUGUUACACUUUGAGACUCAGCUCAGAUGUAUUGAGACCUGAUCCUAAACUCCUGUCCCGCUUUCUCAGCUUUCUCAGACCGUUGCCUCUGUGCCCCUGGUCCACAGCGGUGACCACAGAAGGACCGCUUACAUUGCUUCUGUGCCCCUAAUCCACAGCGAUGACCACAGAAGGGCCCAUAUUGGGAUAUUAGUGGGAUUGACUUAUAGCACUGAUUGAUUUAUAGCAUACCUGAUGUUGACCACAAUGGUGAGCACACACACACACACAAACACAAUCCUUUGUGAGGGACCACAUCUCAUACAUAUAUUCCACAUAGCGAACUACAAACAAAUUUCAUACACCUUUCUAACUGUGUACAUACUCAACACAUAUAACCACACACUCCACACAUUCAACUACAAACACUCCAUACACCUGUCUAAUUAUACACACUCCACAUUUGCAUCCCACAGAAAGAGUGUCCUGUCAUGUCAUGUGGUUGGAUUCAAAAAAUUCCUAUUCCUCCAUUCUAUAUCAGCUUCCAGGCACCCCUUUAAGAUUACAAUCAUACACCCCCCCCCUUCCCCCCAGCUGAAGGUGAAAGGUCAUUGCACAAUACACAAAUGACUUUUGUCAGACAUUAAUAUGCAGUACACUAAUAUGAAAAUGGAUAUUGUUAUUAUGGUAUUGAUGGUUUUGUUCUUUGCUGUCUGAUGCAGAAAUCAGUUCCUUCCAGGGAAACAUUGUAAAUGAAUAAAUAUGUAUAUGAAUCUAUAUGUGUACAAAUAUUACCAUAACUUUGAAACAGUAACUUCGUAAAAUUAAAUAAUUGUUGCCACACAUUCUG